AUGUCAUUGGAAAUAACGUGUGGAAAGAGUUCAUCUGCCGGGCUGCAUGCUGCCUGUGCAGAGAUUGUUUCAAUCAUAAAGAAAGACACAGAGAACAAAAUAAAACUAAAAGACAUUAUACAAAAGAUGGCGAAAAAGCACGGUCUCAAAGACACACCAAAACUCUCCCAAAUACUUUCUACUGUCUCAGAGGAAGACACAGCAGUUAUUUCCAGACUAAAAGUAAAACCUGUAAGAACUGCCUCUGGAGUGGCUGUAGUGGCAGUAAUGGCAAAGCCCCAUAGAUGCCCACAUAUUGCCAUCACAGGAAACAUAUGCGUAUACUGCCCAGGUGGCCCAGACUCAGACUUUGAAUACAGCACGCAGUCGUAUACUGGGUACGAACCAACCAGCAUGAGAGCCAUUAGAGGCAGAUACGAUCCAUACAGACAGAGCACAGACAGACUCAAUCAACUAGCACUCCUAGGGCACAGUGUAGACAAAGUAGAAUAUAUUAUAAUGGGUGGUACAUUCAUGUCUCUUGAUAAAGACUAUAGAAGCUGGUUUAUAAUGAAGUUGCAUGAUGCCCUUACAAGAAGGGAGUCGUAUACACUGGAGGAAUCUAUCUUUUUCAGUGAAAGAAGCACAAGAAAGUGCGUAGGAAUAACGAUAGAAACAAGACCAGAUUUCUGUAUGGAGAGACACCUUAAUGAUCUUCUAUCAUACGGGUGUACUCGGCUAGAGAUAGGAGUACAAAGUGUAUUCGAGGAUAUUGCAGUAGAUACAAAUAGAGGACACUCUGUAAGAGAUGUAUGUGAAUCAUUUAAACUCACAAAAGAUACAGGUUAUAAGAUAGUCACACACAUGAUGCCAAAUCUACCGAAUGUAGACAUGGAGAGGGACAUUCUUCAAUUCUAUGAAUUCUUUUCAAACCCAAGAUUUAGAACAGAUGGACUAAAAAUAUAUCCAACAUUAGUCAUACGGGGAACAGGACUGUACGAGCUUUGGAAGAAUGGAAAAUACACAAACUACUCACCAAAUGAACUGAUUGACCUACUUGGCCAUAUAUUUAUAAUGGUACCCCCUUGGAUACGAAUAUACAGAGUACAAAGGGAUAUUCCAAUGACUCUUGUAAGCUCAGGGGUAGAACAUGGGAAUAUCCGGGAAAUAGUACUUUCAAGACUGAAGGAACAAGGAUUAUCCUGCCGAGAUAUCAGAACCAGAGAGGUAGGAAUUAAUAAUAUACAUACAAAUGAAUUACCAGAGAAAGUAGAACUAGUACGCAGAGACUAUGUGGCAAGUGAUGGAUGGGAGACAUUCCUUUCCUACGAGGACACAUCAAAGGAUAUUCUUGUUGGUUUGCUGCGCCUGAGAAAGUGCGGGCCAUCUACCUUCAGGAAAGAACUUCUUGGGAAUGUCUCCAUAGUCAGAGAGUUGCAUGUAUAUGGGAGUGUGGUGCCAGUUAAGGGAAAAGACUUCUCAAAGUUCCAGCACCAAGGAUAUGGUAGAAUGCUAGUAGAAGAGGCAGAGAGAAUUGCAAGAGAAGAGCACGGAUCUACAAAGCUAGCAAUUAUCUCUGGUAUAGGAACCAGAAAUUACUACAGGAAGCUAGGAUAUGAAAUAGAUGGAGUAUAUAUGUCAAAGGACCUGGAGUAA